AUGGAACCAAGAUACAGGACAAGGACCCCUCCACCAUGGAACCACGGUAAAGGACUAGGACACCUCCACCGUGGAACCAAGGUACAGGGCAAGGACCCCUCCACGUGGAACCAAGUGAGAAAUGAGGAUGACUUUCUGGAGUUGGGAGAGCUGCCGGAGACAUUUCCCUCAGACCCCCCGGAGCCACUCCCCCACUUCCUGAUGGAGCCCGAGGAGGCGUACAUCGUCAAGAACAAACCUGUCAAUCUCUAUUGCAAGGCCACGCCCGCCACUCAAAUCUACUUCAAGUGCAACAGUGAAUGGGUCCACCAGAAGGACCAUACGGUGGAGGAGAGAGUGGACGAGAACUCAGGACUGGUGGUGCGUGAGGCCAGCAUCGAGAUCUCUCGGCAGCAGGUGGAGGAGCUGUUUGGGCCAGAGGACUUCUGGUGUCAGUGUGUAGCCUGGAGCUCUGCAGGGACCACCAAGAGCCGUAAAGCCCACGUCCGCAUCGCAUAUCUCAGGAAAACGUUUGACCAGGAGCCACUGGGGAAGGAGGUGUCACUGGAACAGGAAGUGCUUCUCCAGUGCCGCCCACCUGAGGGCAUACCUGCUGCAGAGGUGGAGUGGUUGAAGAAUGAGGAGAUCAUUGACCCAGCUGAUGACCGUAAUUUCUACAUCACAAUUGACCACAACCUGAUUAUAAAACAGGCCAGACUGUCGGACACGGCCAACUAUACGUGCGUGGCCAAGAACAUUGUCGCCAAGAGGAGAAGUACCACAGCUACUGUUAUUGUCUAUGUGAACGGCGGCUGGUCGACAUGGACAGAGUGGUCGGUGUGUAACAGUCGCUGUGGCCGCGGUUACCAAAAGCGUACCCGCAGCUGUACCAACCCCGCCCCGCUCAACGGAGGAGCCCCCUGUGAUGGACAGGCCACCCAGAAGCUGGCAUGCACCUCCCUCUGCACUGUUGACGGGUUGUGGACAGAGUGGAGUAAGUGGUCUACCUGUGGUACAGAGUGCACUCACUGGCGCAGGAGAGAAUGCACUGCCCCUGCACCCAAAAAUGGAGGCAAGGACUGCGAGGGUAUGGUCCUACAGUCCCAGAACUGUACUGACGGACUCUGUAUGCAGAGUUCAUUAUAUCAGCUGUCCACUGAGCCUAAAGCCGACAGUGAUUUGGGAUUUUCAUCGGCCCCCAGCACAGAAAACAUGGCUCUCUACGUAGGCAUCGUCAUCGCUGUCAUCAUGUGUCUGGUCAUCUCUGUCAUCGUGGCGCUCUUCGUCUACCGGAAAACCCACCGCGACUUUGACUCUGACAUCGACUCGUCAGCCCUUAACGGAGGCUUCCAGUCGGUCAAUAUAAAGACAGCACGCUCAGCUGACUUGCUCACCGCUCCCCCGGACCUGACCAACGCUGCAGCCAUGUACCGUGGGCCCGUCUAUGCCCUCCACGACAUGUCCGACAAGAUCCCCAUGACCAACUCGCCCCUCCUGGACCCCCUGCCCAACCUGAAGAUCAAGGUGUACAACUCCUCCGGCCUGGUCACUCCAUCGGAAGACCUGUCUGACUUUUCCUCCAAGCUGUCCCCUAAGGUCACCCAGUCCCUGCUGGACAGUGAGACCGUGAACCUGCGUAGCCAGAGCCUGGCUCGGACCCGAGACCCCUCCUGCACCGCCGCAGGCUCUUUCAACUCCCAGGGAGGACACCUCAUUGUGCCCAACUCAGGUGUGAGCUUGCUGGUGCCAGCGGGGGCUGUUCCCCAGGGCCGUGUGUAUGAGAUGUACGUGACGGUGCACAGGAAGGACAGCAUGAGGCCCCCGGUAGAGGAUGUUCAGACAGUGUUGAGCCCCGUGGUGAGCUGUGGCCCCCCAGGGGCCCUCCUGACCCGCCCAGUCAUCCUCACCAUCCAUCACUGUGCCGAGGCCGACGGAGACGACUGGCAGAUCCAGUUGAAGAACCAGCUGAAUCAGGGCCAAUGGGAGGACGUGGUAGUGGUCGGGGAGGAGAACUUCACCACACCCUGCUACAUCCAGUUGGAUGAGGAGGCGUGUCACCUACUGACAGAGACCCUGGGGACCUACUGCCUGGUGGGCCAGUCUGUCAGCAAGGCUGCCGCCAAGCGCCUCAAACUGGCCAUCUUCGGCCCCGUGUCCAGCACCACCCUGGAGUACCACAUUAGAGUCUACUGUCUGGACGACACCCAGGACGCACUCAAGGAAGUCCUUCAGAUGGAGACCCAGAUGGGAGGGAAGCUGUUGGAUGAACCAAAGACCCUGAACUUCAAGGACAGCACCCACAACCUGCGUCUCUCCGUCCACGACGUCCCCCACGGACAGUGGAAGAGCAAGCUGCUCGCCAAGUACCAGGAGAUCCCCUUCUACCAGGUGUGGAGUGGCUGCCAGCGGACCCUUCACUGCACCUUCACCCUGGAGCGGUUCAGCUCCAGCACCACAGAGCUCAGCUGUAAGCUGUGUGUACGCCAAGUAGAGGGGGAGGGGCAGAUAUUUCAGCUCAGCAGCACUUUGUCUGAGGACACCCAGAACAUCGACACGUCUCUCAUGGACCCGGCCAGCAACAUCACCACCCUGGUGGGGCUCAACGCCUUCCGUAUCCCUCUCUCCAUCAGACAGAAGCUCUGUGGCAGCCUUGAUGCGCCCCAGACCAGAGGCUCCAAUGACUGGAGGAUGCUGGCCCACAAACUCAACCUGGACAGGUAUCUGAACUAUUUUGCCACCAAGUCCAGUCCCACGGGGGUGAUCUUGGACCUGUGGGAGGCCCAACACUUCCCAGACGGGAAUCUCAACAGACUGGCUGCCGUGCUGGAGGAGAUGGGUCGCCACGACAGCCUGGUCCCAUGACAACAGAGCACUGACACACGCGGACUGGACCAGGGACAAUCUGAGUGGGUCUGAGACACAAACAGACCGACGGACAGACAGACAAUGUCCUGACUGUUACCCAUGACAACGGUCGGGACGUAAAACGCGUGUCGGUGGGAGAAAUGAGUGAGAAAAAAGACGUUGUUGUUGAUGUGUCCAAGUCGUUCUCUUCGCUGUGAUUAUUUUGUAUUUUGGGGACAACAGAAAGAGAAAAAAAAUCCUGGAGAUCCCAUUGUUAGCCUUGGCUGUGCGUUCCUUGGUACAGUCUGCUUUUCUUUAUACAGUUUCCUAGGAAACGGUCUAUUCUGCUGUCCAUAUAUGUGGAUGAUUUCCUACUUCGGACUUUACUUACGUAUGUAGGCUACUCAGUGACUGUCGCUCAGUCAAAGCGAGACAGACAGGGAGCAAAAAGGGACAAGUAUGGAAGUGGAGUCUUUGGAAUAAUGUAGUUAUGCGAUAUGGAGAACCGAAUACAGUCAAUUUUAUCCGCCCCACCAUGCGUUGGUUCUGUUGAUUACAUUUCGCUUGUGUUGAUUUCCAAAAAUGUUUAUUCAGGAUUUUAAUUUCAGGAUUCAAGGUGUGGUGAAGAAACUCUUGCGGCUUACUACCCUUUUGUCGAAGUUGUGUCGUUGUGGUUUUGUUGAUCUCUAGCGCCAUCCUGUGGCCUUUGGAAAAAUAACAGCAUCUAUAUUAUAAUUGUGUCUGAACCGUGUAAAUACAUGAAUAACAAAUACAUUCUAAUGGCAUUAUACUAUUGCUUUAUUGUUGAUCAUUAUUCAUUUGUAUUGUGGUUUAUUUUCAGUUAGAACUGUGGGGAGGGGGGCUAGUUAAAACAUUAGCAUUUGUUGUUUGGAAUUGCCUAUUUUGCAGAACAACAGUGCAUUUGAGCACUAGCCGCUUUUGUUGGGGAUAAAUGUGUGGAGUAUUAUUGAGGUUAAGCAUGUCUGGGUCUUACUAAUAGAGAAUAAAGUGGGUGGGGGACUGGAGUACGGUGAAGUUGCCCCUAGAUAGAAUAGUAUAAAAGGAAUCCUUCUUCUACAUUGAGCGUCUGCUAAGUGACGUAAAUGUAAAUGCUGAUCAUGGGUCAGUUUUGCAUUUCCCCCACCAAUGGUUAAGGUAAUGAUUGGGAGAGUCAAAGCUGAUCCUAGAUCUGUACCUAGGGGAAACUUCACCCUGGAGCGGGUGGGACUGCCUGUUUCUGCUCUGUGCACUGGAGUUACGCCAUAUCAAACUGAUCUGAGACCAGAGCAGAGGAGAAGCCAAUACAAUAAUAUGGAGAAAAGAUGCAAUGAAAUGUGGACAUAAAAGCUUCAGUUGAAAUGUGGACAUAAAAGCUUCAGUUACAUAAAAGCUUCAGUUGAAAUGUGGACAUAAAAGCUUCAGUUACAUAAAAGCUUCAGUUGAAAUGUGGACAUAAAAGCUUCAGUUACAUAAAAGCUUCAGUUGAAAUGUGGACAUAAAAGCUUCAGUUACAUAAAAGCUUCAGUUGAAAUGUGGACAUAAAAGCUUCAGUUACAUAAAAGCUUCAGUUGAAAUGUGGACAUAAAAGCUUCAGUUGCAGUAAGUUGGACUGCCUUAUUUUCCCAACUUAUACAGGUACAUAGUUGAAUAUGGCUAUUUGACUAGCUACGUUCUACAUUUUAUCCUAUAUUAUCUCACUUGAUGUCAUUCAAAAGAGGAGUUUGAGUUUGGUUUCAAAGAAGAAGAAAAAAAUCUUCACCAUAGAAUAACUAGUUUAGCAUGACAACGAGUUGAUUUGCUAGCUUAAACAGAUCUGGGACCAGGCUAUGGAAUAACAUACAUGCAACUGACUACAUACAACAUUCAAUAUCACUAUAGGUGUUAGAUAAAUACAUUCCGUCCCACAUCGUAUUACGAUAAUUACAGUGUGCACUUCUUCAAUGUCAUAUUGUGUGGCUCAAAACAACUCUUUAGAACGGAAGACAAAGAUACAUAUUAAGCAGUUGGUGUAGAUGUGGAAGGCCUGUUUAGCUAUAGCGUAGACAAAGUUUCAGGAAGGUCAAAUAAAGCCAAUACUUUCUUCAGUUUCAUAAACGAACUGAACCGUGAAUACGUGGGAUUACAGGGGCGCAGCGUAUCGUAGUUUGAAAAAGAUCUCACACACUUGCAGCCUGUUUCAAACUGUCCACAUUGCCAUAUAUGGCCAUAUGUUCCAACACCCAUCAACAGGGUGAAUGCUGAAAGUUAAAAAGGGAUAUUUUUCAUGUAGAAAGAGGAGUGCAUGUUGACCUCAACAGUGAAAUAUACAACACAGGGAUGUAAGUGUGGCAGCCUGCGUUAGAAGAUAAAGUAUGUAAAUGUUUUAUGAUGUACAGAAUACCACUGUCAAAUACAUUUUUGGCUGUUUCGGUACACAGUAUAUAAAAGCAGUACAGUUAGAUACUAGUUUGUAUGUUUACCAGUUUGGUUUAUUUUGUUUUUGGUAAAAGCUGUGUCUACUAUGCAAACUUAGCAUCCUUUACUAACAAAUUAUAUCAAUAGAGCUGUGCUAGUAAGUGCAUUUUAUUUUAUCUGGAUUAAAAUGAUUAAUUAUAUUAUUUGUGUUAGUGUGGUGAGGUUGUCGUCCACUCUAGUUUGUCACGCUUCAUGACGCCGCCGACUUUCCCGAAACGCUUGCAUCUUCUCUUCAAUUUCUGUACAAAGUGUAAGAAAGAAUUUUUAAGACUGUUAAUAAAUUAUAUUUAUAAGCAACGCUGAAAAUGA